AUGACGAGGACGGGCACACGACGGCGACGGCACAGGCACGACGACGAUGAAGGCAGGGGCACGACGAGGACGGCGGGGCACCAGGCACCCUUCACCCUCGCCCUCGCCCCUCAUUCGCUCCCCCAUCCUCUGCCUUGCCCUCUCGCCCCCUGCCUUGCCCUCUCACCCUUGUCCACCCCUCAUUCGCCCCUCGUUUGCCUGCCCUCUGCCCUCUGCCCCGCUGUCUCACCCAAUUUGCCGCUUCGCUCGUGUCGCCCUCUCGCCUACCUCGCCCCUUUUGCUCCUUUUGCCCCCCUUGCCCUCUCGCUCCUUUCGCUCACCCUGCCCACCUUGCCCUCUCACCCCUUGCCCUCUCGCCCCUUGCCCUUCCGCCCCUCGCCCUCUUGCCUUUGCCCUUUUGCCCCUCACCCUUUCUCCCUCUUGCCCUCUUGCCCACCUUGCCCUCUUGCCCACCUUGCCCACCUUGCCCUCUCGCCUUUGCCUUUGCCCUCUCACCUUUGCCUUUGCCCUCUUGCCCUCUUGCUCUUGCUCUCGCCAUCUCGCCGUUUUGCCGUCACUGUCACCGUUUUGCCCUCUCGCCCCCUGGCCUCUGCAUCCCCCCCUGACCUCCGCCAUCUCCCUCUGCCUUGCGAACAAACUCCACGAGUGGUGGAGGGCCGAACACACAGGCAGAGGGCAGAGGUGACCCAACGACGGGCAGAGGGUGGAAGAGGGGCGAAUGCCCGUCAACGAGCAGUGGAGGGUCGAACGACCCCCAACGAUGAGCAAAAGGGGCCAGAGGAUGCCCCAAUGGGCGGAGGAGGGGGGAAGAGGGGCGAAUGGCCCCCAACGAACCGCAGAGGGCCAAACAACCCCCUAACGAGCAGAGGAAGGCCAGCUGGCCCCCAACGACGAGAGGAGGAGGAGUGGAGGAUGCCCCAAUGGGCAGAGGGGGGGGGAAGAGGGGACAACAGCCCCAAAUGA